AAGUUCUUAGAAAAUCUGUCAGAGGGCACUCGCAGCGUCAUGUCACAUUACUUUUUGACAAGUAGCAUCUUUCAGCUGAUUACUGUCAAAUUUUGAACGGAAUUCAUCGCGUGGUUUCAUUUCUGUAGAUGAUUAAAGCAAACAACCUUUGUAUUUUUUGCAAAAUGGAAAAAAACGAGUUUUGUGCAGUGAUCAAACAUCUACAUAUGAAAGAUUUAAUGCCGAAAGAAAUCAAAGCCGAGCUGGAUAAUGUUCAUAGCACAUCUGCACCAGCAUUUGCGACUGUAUACAAUUGGAUGAAUAAAUUUAAACGUGGUCGUACAUCCACAUGUGAUGCACCUCGUUCGGGACGUCCAAUUGAGGCUGCUACGCCAGAAAUCAUCGAUAAAAUCCACGAUAUUGUUUUGACUGAUCGACGAGUGAAAGUGCGCGGGCUUGUUGAGGCCACAGGUAUAUCACAUGGCACAGUGAUUUCAAUUUUGCACGAAUUGAGUAUGAAAAAGCUAUCGGCAAGAUGGGUGCCGCGUUUGCUCACUGUGGAUCAUAAGCGCGAUCCGAUGGCCAAAUUCAACGAAUUCCGCUACGAAUUACUUCCCCAUCUAGCAUAUUUGCCAGAUUUAACUCCCUCCGACUAUUUCCUGUUUCCAAACCUGAAGAAAUGGUUUGGAGGAAAGAGAUUCACCAGAGAGCAGCUCAUCACCGAAACAGAAGCUUAUUUUGAAGGGUUGGACAAAUCAUAUUAUUCGGACGGCUUGAAAAAGUUGGAGAAUCGUUGGAUCUAG